GUUUCUGUAUACCGGAGCCCAACAUAAACCCUAAAACCUGGAAGAAUAAUCUCUCGCAAUCUUUCUCCACCGGAUCGCUCUGGUGGUGCUCGUACGAUGGGCGACGCAAGUUCGUCGGCUAAUCUACUGAAGGAACAGGAAUGGGCUGCGUAAAUAAAAAGGACCAAUAAUCUCUCUGAAGAUAUUUGGAAGUUAUAUGAUGCAUACAGGUUGGAAAAUUUGUGUCACCAGCUUUCUUGACCAAAUCCUUCAAAACCUUGUGAAACUGGAGCGAGAGCUAGAGUUCAGGAUAGAUCUUUUCAGCGGACUUGUUAAGACAUGCUUCCAUAAGUGCAUCGAUAGAAGGUAUAAAGAAACUGAACUAUAUAUUGGUGAAAACAGUUGCAUUGAUCGCUGUACCGCAAAAUAUGUUCAAGCAUCAAAUAUGAUUGGGCAAAUUCUGGCAUCUCAGAAACCAUCUCCCUGAAGAUUUGUUACUAAACUCAUCAUAACACCAGAGCUGAUGACAAGAUGAGAUUUUCUUUUUCAACUUGGAUCACAUUUGUGAAUUAAUUUUGAUUGAGAUUUAUAAUUUUUUUAAUAGCUAUUGGCAAAUCAAUUUAUGUUGCCCCAUGAGAUGUGGGAAACAAUGAAAUUCCAAGGUAAUUUUAAGAACGCAGAGGAAUGGAUUUUGA